AGGUUAAGUUAUUGGUUCAGCUGCACACUCGGGCUUAUAAUAUGAAAAUAUUUAAAAUAUUAUUAAAAAGACUUUAGGUGUCUUAUUAUUAAUAUAAAUGUCUGAGAGUUUAUUUUCUAUUUUUAUUUGUUCAUUCUAUUUUAUUUUGUUCAUUCGUUACUGAGCGUGGCAUGAGCGUUCGUCACCGGAAUUUUACCGCGCCAUGAGUUUUUUUUUAUUUGAUAAGCAACAGGUCAGAGCACCCAAUUGAUCGGUAUAAAUAUUUUUUGGGUACAUUUAUUGGGUAUUUAAAACACAAAUAGACUGAAACUGAGCAAGUUUUCAGACGUUACUAGAGACAUGAAAAAAGGAAUAGAAAGCUUGGAGUCAGUCAUGGAGAAGUACCGAACCGAACCUAUGUACAAUACAAAACCGCUGAGCUCAAGAAUCUGUUCCCGAUUGGUGCUGCGGUAUCCAGGAGUUGCCUCAUUGGAAUCAAAAGAAAUUUACAAGGAGCGUAUAGAGGCUAUUGACAUCUUCGCCCACGUUUUGAAGGAAAAGAUCGAGGAAGCCUCCUCGAUAAUGGAAUACAUCGAGGAUGCCCUGAAGGAGGAAAAAACCAAUCUUCGCGGCGUAAUUAAAGGCUCCAAGGGUAACAUAGAUAUAUUGUUGUCGGAUUCUCCGUUCCUGCGAGCCACUUUCGUUAAAGACAUCCAGAUUCUGAAGAACGAGUGCAACAACUACGCCGAAAGGCACGGACAAAAUGCUUCCAAAAAACGUUCUGAUCCGACGAACAAGUCCAGGACCCGUCGUGCAGCAGCCUCAUUCCGCAGAGACCAAUGAAAAAUAUAUACUAGCCGAUUAUAUAUUAGCCCUUCUUCGAAUUCGGAUCAAACUCAGACGUUGAGCGAAAUCAUCGAUCGAAUAGAUUGUGGUCUUAUAUUCGGUUCGUUCUGAUUUAGAGAGGUUCGAGAGGAUCUUUCCCAAAACCCGAUAUUUUUGGGGCAAAAUAAAUUUACUCAAUAUUCGCAUAUUUAGUAACUGACCAAGUUCCAUCAUAUUUUAUGUAUAU